AUACUUCCCAUGGCAUACUUCGGUGUGUGCAUGUGCCUUCUUCCUUCCGCUCUAUAUAGCUCUCGAUCGAUCUAUUUACUUCCUUACCCCCAUCUAACCCCGGCAUCUAACCCUUCUCCUUCCUUCAGAAAUAGAUGGAUAAAUAAACAAAUAGAUAGACAGAUAGAUAGAUAGAUAAAUAAAUAAAUGAAUAGAUUUUAACAAUUAAAAAAAAAAAUAGAGUCUAAAUCAUUCAAAAAGUCAUUGGAAAUCAAGACAAUUCAUAUUUGAAACAUUAAAGCCCCUAGCCACCCACCCAUGUCAGCCCGGCCCCCUCCUCCCCCUCCACCACCACCACCACCACCAUCAAGGCCCAGUAGUUUGCUCAUGUUUCUAGAAUUUUCUGACUCCGCCCUGCAUAUAUUGCAUAUAUUACCCAUAUAUAUGCUAGAAAACGAAGACUACCAGUACCGAAAUUUAUUCAUUCAUUUUGGUGAACCACAUGUGGAAAAAUGGCUGAGGAUGACGAUAGAUUUGACGGUAUGCUGAUGGCAAUGGCCCAGCAACAAGAACAAGGAAUUCAUCAGCUCAUCAAUGAUUUCUUUGGAUUUCUGAGGAGGAAAACAGAUUUCUUCACAGGAGCACAGAAAGGAGAAGCAGAGAAGGUGGUAAUAGGAAGCUUCAAGGCUCAUCAAAAGAUUGCUUUAGAUGCUAAGAAGAAGAAGGAUGAAGAAGCAGCAGCGGCUGAGAAGGCCAAGGCAGAGAGGAAGGCUAAAGAGGCUGCAGCGAGGCUAGCUGCAGAGUCCAAGAAGAAAGAUCAGGACCAACCCAAGAUACAAGAACUUACAGAUGAAGAGGCAGAGAGAUUACAAGCUGAAAUAGACAAGGAGAAAGCAGGUGAGCCCAGUGAAGGAGCUGAUGCUACAGGAGAUACUGGAAAUACAGAAUCCAAAAAGGAAACAAAAGAAGAUGAUGAUGAUGAAGAGGAUGAUGAAGAAGAUAAGGGAAAGAUGAAACCAAACUCAGGCAAUGGAGCUAACAUGCCUAAUUAUAGAUGGACACAAACACUGCAAGAAGUAGAGGUACACAUUCCAAUGCCAAUGGCAGUUAAGCCCCGGGACCUUGUCGUGUCCAUCACCAAACAUCGCUUGAAGGUCGGGUUGAAAGGUCAUGACCCCAUAUUAAAUGGUGAAACAUGCAAUGAACUAAAGGAAGAAGAGAGCCAUUGGGUCAUUCAAGACAAACAGAUUGUUAUUCUUUACCUUGAAAAGAUCAACAAGAUGGAAUGGUGGGAUAGGUUAGUGAAGUCAGAUCCUCAGAUUAACACCAAGAAAGUCAAUCCAGAAAACUCAAAGUUGUCAGACUUGGAAGGAGAGACUCGUGGUAUGGUAGAGAAGAUGAUGUAUGAUCAAAGACAAAAAUCAAUGGGAUUACCAACAUCAGAAGAUCAAAAGAAACAAGAUAUUCUCAACAAAUUUAUGAAGCAACAUCCUGAAAUGGACUUCUCCAACACCAAAUUCAACUAAUUGCAGAUUUCGAGAUCAUUGAUAUCACCACCCUAUACCACAGUGAAUCUCUCCAGACUAAGUCAAGAGAUUGAUAGUACCCUUCAUUUCAUUUCAGCUGAGCAUUUAAAGAUUGAUACAAGAUGGGAUUUCCAGAACUUAAAAAAAUCCUCAUGUGAAAAAAAAUGCCUUGUCAUUUCAGCCGCUGCAGGAUUCAAAACAAAUCAGGGCCCUGUGUCAUAAAGAGUUAUGAUUGAUUUGAUCGAUCACAAAUAGGGAAAGCCAGCAACCCCAACAUCCAGAAUGCAAUGUGUCUCUAGAUUUGAUGCUUACAUGCAUCGGUGUGCUUCUCUUUGUUUCCAAAUUUACGUUGUGUGCAUUUCUAUGUAAAGAAGUAUGAUAUAGAUGGAUUUUCCAUAAUUGAGAUUUGAACGGAACAAUAACAGCUUGAUUUCUUCUUUUUACUCCAUCACAUGAAAUAUAUGAAUUAUUUCAAAAUUCAUAUUUGUUCUUCAAUAAUGUAAAACUUACUUGGAUUUCUCGUGAUAAAUGUAAAAUGAUUAUUAUAAGUUUUCUUGAUUUGAUGGAUUUCAUUUGUUAUCAUUGAAUCUAUAAAACAUGAAACCUUUUUAUAUCUCCAAAGUAUUGCAUUUCAAUCCCUAUUUGAUAAAAAAAAAUAAAAUAUAUGUGUCUUGUCACCCUCUAUUGACCUCCACAAAGCUCACAUGAAAUACUAGUAUUACAGGAAGUUUGAAUGUAUGUUACAGACAUGUGGUUUGUAAAUUCAAUUUUUCUGUUCAUUCAUUGUAAUUCCAUUUAGUAAAAGUUUGAACAUUUAUUAUAGAAUCAGUCAAUUGUGUUGCAUAAUAGGUUGGUUAAGGAAAUUAUCUUGUGGAGAGGUGAUGGCCGUUACUCAUCCCAUGCAACAGUUUUAUGAUACUGUGUGUCCAUACUGUCAUAGAGAUAUACCGAAGCUUUGGUGAUAUGCUGCAUCCUCAUCACAGACAAUUGUUAGCCAAUCAAAAGUUACCUACAGAGUAAUUGUUCAGUUUUUGGUCUUGUAUAACUUUAGUGAUACUGUAUACCUGUAAUCACCACCAUGUUAAUUUCUAUCCUUGCUGACAAAAUACAAUCUAUGUAUACUAGUACAUUUGUAACUGGAUCAAAUCUUGUUUCGAUGUACAUACAAUGAAUCAUUGUAGAACUACCAGUAACUUGUUUAAUCUCUUGGAACUACAGACUUUGGUUGACUUUGAAAAUGUGUUCAACAUCUCUUCCCAGUGGUAUAAAGAAUUGCUUCAACCUGGGCUGUUAUACUGUAUAUACUAGUUGUGUAACUUCUACAAAGGCUGAGUUUACUUAUUAUACAUCAAUUUGCUUCUUCACAUUUGCUGCCAUACAAUCUGUAUACUCAGACUUUUGACAUCACGUCGGUUUCUCUAUUUUGAGCGUAUUUUCCUUUUCAUGAUUGAUUCAUGAUCUCCUUCUAUGUUAAUUUUAUUACAUACUGUUGUGUAUGUCAUUUCUUUUCUAUUAAAAAUUUUAAUUUCCAUGCA